GCGCACGGAUCCACAGGCAUUAGCAGCAGCGACAGGGUGGCGCGGUCCGCCACGUCCACAGGCGUUUCAGCGCCGGCGACGCAGCAGUUCCCACUUAGGUGACAGGUCAGUGUGAGCAGCCAGCCAUGGGCGAGGACCGCGACCGAGACAGAGACCGCGACCGCGACCGGGAUCGGGACCGCGACCGGGACCGGCGCAAGCGUAGCCGCUCGCGGGACAAGGACCGGCGGCACCGCUCGCGCUCGCGCGACAGGAAGCGCGACCGUUCACGCUCUCGCGAUCGCGGAGACCGCGGCGGGGUGACGAAGCUGACGCGAAAGAAGCCAAGCAAGUACUGGGACAUCCCGCCACCGGGCUUCGAACACAUUACGCCGCUGCAGUACAAGGCGAUGCAGGCGGCCGGCCAGAUCCCGACCAACCCCGUGCCAGAGUCGUUGGCAGGCGGUACGCCCGUAGUGGGUUCGGCCAUCACGCGUCAGGCGCGUCGCCUCUACGUCGGCAACAUCCCCUUCGGUGUCACCGAGGAGGAGAUGAUGGAGUUCUUCAACCAGCAGAUGCACCUCAGCGGGCUCGCCCAGGCGGCCGGCAACCCCGUGCUUGCAUGCCAGAUCAACCUAGACAAAAACUUUGCCUUCCUCGAGUUCCGCUCCAUCGACGAGUGCACGCAGGCGGUAGCGUUUGACGGCAUUAACCUGAAGGGCCAGAGUCUGAAGAUCCGGCGGCCGCACGACUACCAGCCGAUGCCGGGCAUCACCGACGGGCCGGCCUCCUCCGUGCCCGGCGUCGUCGGCGUCGUCUCGACCGUCGUGCCCGACUCGCCCAACAAGAUCUUCGUCGGCGGCCUGCCCAGCUACCUGACCGAAGACCAGGUGAAGGAGCUGCUCAUGUCGUUCGGCCAGCUGCGCGCCUUCAACCUCGUCAAGGACUCGGCCACCGGCCUCAGCAAGGGCUUCGCCUUCUGCGAGUACGUGGACACGUCGUUGACAGAGCAGGCGAUCCAGGGUCUGAACGGCAUGCAGCUGGGUGACAAGAAGCUGAUCGUGCAGCGCGCCAACGUCGGCUCCAAGAACUCGGGCAUGAUGGCGCCGGUGCAGAUUCAGGUGCCGGGCCUGCAGCUGACGAGCGGCGCCGGGCCCGCCACUGAGGUGCUCUGCCUGCUCAACAUGGUCACGCCCGACGAGCUCCGCGACGACGAGGAGUACGAGGACAUCGUCGAGGACAUCAAGAUGGAGUGCAACAAGUACGGCGUCGUCAAGAGCAUCGAGAUCCCGCGACCCAUCGACGGUGUCGAGGUGCCCGGCCUCGGCAAGGUGUUCGUCGAGUUUAACUCAGUGAUGGACUGCCAGAAGGCGCAGCAGCACUUGACGGGCCGGAAGUUCGCCAGCCGCGUCGUCGUCACGUCGUACGUCGAUCCGGACCGCUACCACCGGCGCGACUUCUGAGUGGCCUGACGCGACCCGCCGCCGGCCGGCGGGGGUGUCGCCUCGUGAGGCCCGUCGCUCGUCCAGGCGUCGCCGCGGAAAUAAUCUCCCAGUGUGGCUGUCCCGCGUGCACUUACCGACCGCGCGCACCCCGCGUCGGCUGCGCCAGGACGCGCCGCCGACCCCAGCCGCUCGGCGUACGGCGGUGUUUGGGUCGAGAGCGAGGCCCGUAGCUAUCUCAUUGCGAGAUGUGUAGCCGUCUCGUACGCGUGGCCGUCUUAGCUGUUGCUGUCAGCUCGCAGCUGCGCAUGCUUUCAGAGGCAAAAGCAUUAACGCGAUGCAGUUCAUAAUGAUGUUGGAAAGGAUCGGGCGCGGCUGCAUCUGUCAUGUUCAUUGUCUGCCCUGAUGCGCGGCGUCAGCUGCGUCUUUCGUCUUGCCCCGCACGUAACCAUGCAUCCCUCUUCAUACGGCGAGACGUAGCGAAUAAAUAUAUCAUCGGAAGACGUUUUCAGGUGUAAAGGCGUGCUACGUUUUUACUAUGCACCACUCGUUUUCAGAUUGUCUCCACGUCUUCGGCCCACACAGGUUUGUAAUGUACAUCACCGUCCGAACGUUGUUCUGGCACUCCGGCAUUGGUUAAACACCGAUCUGUUGUGAGGUGAC